UGUUAUCACUCAGGCUAGGCGGACUGGAUAUGAGGUAAUUCUGUCCGCUCCAGAGUUAACUAUUCAAAGGUGUAAUACUGUCAAUCCAGCCUCUAGAAUGAUGCUACCUGAUGAGGGGAUUCCCCAUGAUUGUUUGCAACAAACUGAUAAAUUUAUGUGAGCACGAGAAGAUUUGUUAAAUGAACCUAUUACAGCUGAUUUAACAUUGUUUGUUGAUGGGUCCUGUUUUAGAGAUGAAAAGGGAUGCCAUGCGGGAUACGGCAUCGUUCAGCUUAAUCCUGCCAAUUCAGGUUUCACCACCUUGCAGACGCAGAAGGUUGAUCAGCCGUGUUCUGCUCAGUUAGCAGAAUUGAAGGCCUUGACUGCAGCCUGUAAGCUGGCAGCAGGUAAAAGGCUUAAUGUCUACACUGAUUCAGCAUAUGCAUAUGGAGUGUGUCAUGUCAGUGCUAACAUCUGGAAACAAAGAGGCUUUCAAAGAGCUGAUGGCACACCAGUGAUACAUGGAGAAGCUGUAGCACAAUUAAUAGAAGCUUUGCAGCUUCCCAGUGCAGUGGCAGUAAUCAAAUGCCCUGCCCAUCAGAAGACAGACACCUUGAUUGCUAAAGGGAAUAACUUAGCAGAUGAAGCAGCUAAGCAGGCAGCUACAGGAGACAAAAUGGCACCAUUGUUGUUACAGGAGUCACAGGAAGCACCCUUGGUGACACUGCAGUCACUUAUUGAGGCUCAGAGCGAGGUAGAUCCUCAAGAAAAAAGGUUAUGGGAAAGGAGAGGUGCAAUAAGAAGUACCAGCCCUCCACAUGAAGGGCUGUGGAGAAGCGUGCAGGGUCAGUUUGUCAUGCCAUCCUCCAUAUUGCCUAUAGCUAUACGGAAAGCGCAUGGAGUCGAUCAUUGUAAUAGACAGGAAGUUAUUAAGAGGCUAAAGGAGGCGUGGUGGUCUCCCCUUUUGAUAGCAGAAGUAAACAGAAUUUUGAACGAGUGUGAAAUAUGUGCAAAAAAUAAUGUGAGAAAAAGCUUUUCAGCACCUCUGGCACAUAUCCCACCCCCGGAUGGGCCGUUUCGACAUCUAGUGAUUGAUUUUAUUGACAUGGGGAUGGAGAAUAGGCGAGAAGGGAUGAGAUAUGUUCUUGUUGUAGUGUGCAGGUUCAGUAGGUGGGUGGAAGCAACACCCACCCGUGCACCAGACCAUAAGUCUGUUGCCAAGUUCUUGAGUAGAGAGGUUUUUCCUAGAUUUGGGUUACCGGACACCAUUUCUUCUGAUAACGGGCCACACUUUGUUUCUCAAGUCAUACAAGUGAUGUUGAAACUGUUGGGCAUAAAACAGAAGUUUGGCUGUGUGUAUCAUCCUCAGUCACAGGGAAGUGUAGAACGGCAGAAUGGCAUUAUUAAGGCGAAAAUCACCAAAAUUAUAGCAGAUGUGGUGAAAGGAAGUGGAGAAAAGCUAAGUUGGUUGCAAGCUUUGCCUUUGGCUCUCAUGUGUAUGAGAUCUCAAACUAACAGAACUAUGUGUUUAAGUCCUCACGAGUUGCUCACAGGAAGGCCGAUGCCCCUUCCGUACUAUCGAGGGCCUUAUGAAGGCCCUUCAUUAGAGCAAUUAGAAAAUGAAAUGGGAAGUUAUUUGCGACAACUAACUAGAAUACAUAAAGUUAUCUUUCAACAGGUGAAAGGAGCCACAGCGGACCGAGACGCAGAGAUUCCUGACCAUCUGCUGACCAUAUGGCCAGGCGACCAGGUGUACUUGAAAGUGAUUAAGAGAAGAUAAACAGUAAUGGCAGAAUCAGGAGUGAAGAUAGAGUAUUCAGACAGCCCUACUAGGCCUGGGACCAGUUCAUCACCGGAGAGACCCUUGUGGCGCCCAACCGCAGCCAACCAGCCAGAGGUCCCGCCCGACGUCAAAGUGGGGAAGUUUUGGCUUCAGCGGUUGGCAUCCAUUCAUCCUGCAUCCGCCCAGGGGGGGCAGCCAGAGCCACAGAGGGCACCUCUCUGGACCCUAGUUCCAGAGCCUCGCGCGCCUACAUCACCGAUGACACCGCCACAGUCUCCUGUCUAUUCUGGAUCCUCAACACCACCUACUCCCAGGGCCUUAACGCCAAUUCCAGAGUCUCAGAGGUCACCCAGACCGGGGCCAAGCCACUCUCAAAGCCCAUACAGACCUCCGAUCGUCGACCUUCUGUCAUUAAGCCCCGUGUCCACUGCCAGCAUGACCUAUGAGCAUUCCGGACGUGAUGAAGGGUCUACACGUUCUAACACCCCUGUCCAGGGAAGGGCAGCUGAGUCUACAGUGACAGCGUGGGGAGAUGUUGCUGAUUCCACUGUGCAAGAACACCUUAUGCAACUCCCCAAGCCUGAAUUCCAAAGAGAAAUUCGAAAGCUGCCUACAAGCUGGGCCCAGGAGAUCAAAAGGAAAAGAAAUAAUUACAAUGCCCGCUGUCAGUAUGCUCAACGCAAGCAGAUGUAUGCAACCGCCCUGCAGACCACAGAGCAAUAUGCCCAUCAUCUCAUUCGCCAAAACGAUGCGUGGGAGCGGGCUUGGGAGAGGAGCACCCACGAGUUGGGUGAGGUGAGAGUUGAGAAUGCCCGCUACACUGAGAGGAAUGCUGAUCUGAUGCGAGAGGUGGCUGAACUACGAAAGCAAGUGAAAGGUCAGGAAGAUCAUUCCAACUUCAUCACUCGCAAGUUGUCUGAAGCCCUUCACACCAUUGGAGCCCAGGGUAAAGAGAUCCAGAGACUCACUGCUGAAAAUGUCAGGCUUCAGGUGGUCAAUGACCAACUCAUGGCUAAUAAGGGAGUUGGUGGAGAAAGUGCUCCUGCACGCCAAUCAGUGGGUGGGGAGUAAGGCCAUGAAAGGACUGAAAGUCUGGCUUGAAUGAUGCCAUAUACUGUGAUUAUGCAUAAUAUGUAACUUGAAAUAUAUAUUCAUCUCAUGUGUCUUACUUAUACAUCCUAUGCCUUAAUUAGCAGUUAACAUAUAUCUAUUAGUUGAUCUUUCUUAUUUUGAAUUCUAUCAUAAUUGAUGACAAUCACAGUGUGUUAUGCAAGGUGCUCUGCAAUUGUGGAUGAACAAUACUAUGGCCAUGGCAGGUUGGAUUUUGUGUGUUUCAUGUCGCCUUUGCUUAGCACCUGCUGUUGAUUAUCUUGUCUACUCAUUAAACUAUGUAAGGAGCUUGCUUUAAAGUAUGUUAGCAAAAAAACAGCACACGCCGUAGUUAGAUACUCACCAUUUUUGUUUUUCAUAUUAUGGGGUUUUUAGGUGGUACCUCCAGGUACCACAGGGGGGAAUGUAGUGGAUUUUUGUAUGACAUGUAUACCUAUAAAUCUAACAUGAUGGAGUUUUGUACCUAUAUAUCUAUCUGAAUAUAUAUAUUCUAACUUUCAUGUGGAGUUUUAGGCAUGCAGUGGUUCACACACACACACACACACACACCCACACAAACACACACACACACCCACAAGUCAUGCAGCACACUCAUGAGGCAUAUCUUCACUGUCCUGUACACACACACACACUAUAAACCUACACUGGAGUGUUUUAUUUUAUGUUAUGCAUUUAACUCAUAUAUUUGAUGUAGUUAGGCCAAGUAUUAUUCACAUUAAUAUCAUAAUUAUCUUUUAUAAACUAUGCUAUUUGCUGUACUAAUGUGUGACCUUUGACCACGUUGUGACCUAUUGUCAGAGGGUAAAGCAAAGGGUUAACCUAGGGGUGUCACUUUGGACCGGGCGUUCAGCCAGCGCCCGGUGUGAACUCUGGCCGGCAUUUGACCCUGCACCUGCUCCUGGGUGCGUGGGAAAGUUACUCAGCAGCAGGAGGUGGGACUACUGGUACCUUUAAAAGGGGGCCGGGGACAGCCCUCUGGGCUUUUUCCUGCUGUCUGUCCGUGGGGUUGGUCCCUACCUGCAUGCGCUUAUUGCGAACAC